CCUGAUCGAGAUUCCUCCAGCUUUGCUCCUUGACCAAGAAUUCUGAGUGGUGGCGGGUGAGUGAGAGCAUGGACGCCUUUUCCCGGCUCAAAUCGUCCUCGUCCGCGCGGUCAACGAAAAAGCGCGGGCUUCCGCAGUCUGCGUGCGGACUUCCGAGAUUCUACAACAGAGACGCCGAAUACGCGAAUAAGCGAUCGCCAUGUCGUACGUGUCGUUUAACUUCACUUCUAAUGGUAUCUGUAUAUAAAGAUAGCCGAGGGGCGGCCUUCUUCCCUCUUCUGCAUCAACUGGUUCUCCCUACGGUUACUUCUUCCGCCUCGAAGUCCUCCCACUUUCCGACAUGCCUCAGAAGACCGCUUUAGUCAUUCGAGCCACCGGCGCUCAGGGCAGAGGUGUAGUCAAGCAUCUGGUCCGAACUGGAUGGAAUGUGCACGCCUUCGUGAGCGACCCGUCGUCCGACCGAGCUCUUACGCUGAAGAACUAUGGCCCGGGUAUAUCUCUCUACAAGGGCGCGCUGAGCGACCCCCCAUCCAUCGAAGCCGCCAUCAAAGGAUGCAACGCAGUCUUCCUCAACCAGAUGCCCACCCGCGGCGACGAUACCGAGACCCGUGAAGCGCAGGCAGUGCUCGACGCCGCAAAAGCAACCGGAGUGCAGUACAUCGUGCAUUCCACCACCCUCCCUCUCAACGACCCAGAUAUCCGCACAAAGCUCGAUGGCUCCGUCGCCGCUCCGGCCGUCUUCGGGAAGGGCGAUGUCGAAGAGCUGGUUCGCGCCUGUGGCAUUCCCUGGACUAUCAUUCGGCCAGGGUACUUCAUGACAAACCUCGUUUCGCCCUUAGUUGAUUUGAUAUUCCCGGAGUUCCGCGAAGGGAAGUUCGUCAGCUGCUGGGAACCCGAUACCAUUCUGGCGCUUGUGGACCCCGACGACAUCGGUGCAUUUGCCGUCGCAGCUUUCAACGAUCCCGACAAGUUCGCUGGCAGGAUUCUUACUUGCGUUAGCGAGCUCGUGACGGUCAAAGACGUCGUUUCUCAAAUUUCGACUGCGACGGGCAAGGAUAUCGACGUUCGUUACCUCACUAAAGAAGAGGCGGCAAAGGAGGCAGCACGGAAUCCAAUGAUGGAGGGCCAGAAGUUGUCGAAGGGGUUACAUGAGCUGGUGGAUAUGGAGGAAGUCAAGGGCUACGGGAUCCCGCUUACGAGUUUCAAGGAUUUCUUGGAGAAGAACAAGGACGCUCUGGUUCCGAAUACUGAUGGAAAGAAGGUUGAAAUCCGUCUUCCGUCCUUUAAUGAGUAGGAAUAGAGCCGCCACAAUACACGAUUGUAGUUAUCACUGCGACCCUUGGACUAUCCGAGAAACAACGAAACGUAUCAGGAGCAAAAGGAUCGCAGUCCUUCUACUCUUAUAAAAAU